AUAACCUCUCCACUGCGGUCCUUACGGCGGGCUCUGAUGGAGAAAGUCGCUACGCACAACUCAGCUCUUUCGACAGCUAUGGCUCUUCUUAUUACAGCCAGUCGCCAGCUCCCAUGAGGCCAGCUCCCAUGAGGCCACGUCCAGGACAGAAGGGAAAGCGUCUGGAAAGUGGUGACGAUUUCCGGAUCUCUGGGGUGAGGCCACGAAGUCUCCGUCCAGCCUUCACAUGCCGAGGUCAGGCCACGUACAGAGACCCUCUGGGACACCUGGUGGACGAGUGUGGUCGGCCAGUCACGUGGUCAACCCAGAGGUCACACACACCAGGCGGCCAGGAGGGGGAGGGGCAGGGGCAAGGACCUCCCUUAAGGUUCUGCCAUUACGCCGGAGGGGUGGGCGUGUUUGUCAACAGAAUGGGUGAGUACGUAGACGCCAACGGUCAGCCGAUAAAUAAAGUACUCCAACCGUUCAGAGAAGAGAUGGUCCGUCCGCUCGAACUGAGGUCGCCUCCAAAAGGUCAGGUCAUCCAUACACAGCCGACCCGGAAGAGACUGGCUCGGUCAGAGGUCAACAGAAUCUUGUCCGCCCGACUCCCGACGUGCAACAAGGCUAAAGGUGAAGGCGUUGAUACUAUGCUGAUCAGUGGGCCGGUCGAAAGAAAUACAGGGGGGAAGCAACAGACAGGGAAAAGAUUUCCCAUCGGCACGCUGACUCCAGACCCGAAGAUACGUGCACUGGUGAAUUUCACUAUGUUGAAAACGAUGCCCCAAGAUGAGGUUCCCGUGGAAAAGAUGUACCGGCGCUGUCGCGUGCCGUUACGCCGUCACCUGGCCCGACACAAGGACUACCCGCUGGUCUACAGCAUCAGGACGGGGCGGGCCGUCUUGCCGUACAGCUCACGGUCUGGUUACUUCGUUCACAAAAGACAACUAAAGAGCCAGAUGUACAAGUCAGUGAGAACAUUCCAGACAACGUCGGAAGACCUGGAGGAACAAAGAUGGCGGUUCGAGGAACAUCACCAGCAUAAGAGGUUGUUGAGUGCACUCGCUGCCUUGAGGGGGCAGACUCCGUGCCAGUCUGAGCAACAGGGAGAGGCCAUGUCUGCCGAGAGAGGUGAAGAAAAAGAGACGCCCGGCGAGGAGCACUCAGGAGCUGAUACGACUAAGCCUGUUCGACUAGCGCCCAUCCACACCAUGGACCUCAGUCCUCUAGAUUGCCCGGGCAAGCGCUCAGAGCGGCCUCUUAAAGGUUUCCGAACGUUCUACGCCAUACAGCAAGACGGUCUGGGUUCGAAACCUUCUCCAGAUAAGCAGUUACAAAAACCACCAGGCAAACAGAGAAAGCCGUACCCAGACUCCGACCUGGAGAGCCUCAGCAGUGUCAAGUCCGGGGCCCCCGUGGACUACCCGAUCCGCAAGAAGGACAGGACGUGUAGCCGACAGGGUCGUCUCCAAGCCAAGGAGGAGUCUCGGCGAGAAGGGGCGCACCCGUUCUACGAACCCCUACAGUUGUUGAAGACACACGGCGGGACAGAGGUACAACACGGCCAGCAAAGGCUGCUGGAGGAACUGGCCGACAGGGAGAAAGCGGAGGUCACUCAGGCCAUGCUCAACAGUCUGGUCGGCGGCCUGCUACAGUAUGAGAUUCCCGAGGUUCCCAACAUGAACAAGAACCUACAGACAUUUGUUGGUGUCAAACCAGACACCAAUAACAACAAAAUAAUUCACCGCAAGCAGCGAAGCCACAGUGCUAACAUCAAGUCUUUGAGAGGGUCCGACCGCGGCCCACAGAACCCCAUUGGCGAACAACGACACUCAGAAGUGGCCUACAUGAACUACAUCACCUCACCGAGAGCCGCCUUCACGGAUACUAAAGACAGCCCUAGGGAAGAGUCCCCACGGGUGGGGGGAGGGGGAGAUUUGAGCCGGGAACAGAUGUACAGAGAAUGGAGUGAGGCCGAGAGUGUGAUUCAGGACGACACAUUUUCUCUCCACAACGUUUUGGUUAACGCUCAGAAGUAUCAUCUCCGGAGACUAGACGAGGGUCCUAAGAGCAAAAUGUUAGAACUUCCACUGGUCAGUCCGCGCUAAUGAAACCAGCUCUUUUUUUUAGACUAAAUGGCCUGCACUGCGACAAUUUGUCAAAGUAAAAAAAAUGUAAUUUGUGGUGAAAGAGACACAUGAAGACAAUCAUUAGACACUGCCCAACACCAGAACAUGGGUGCCAUUCCAAAAGCAAGUACACAAGUGACAUUCGUUUAAAAAUGUUACUAUUUUUUUUAUUGUUUUGAAAAGGUCACCUGAAUACAGUCAACCUGUCAUGAGACAGCCACCUGUACAAAUGGCCACUUUCCAUCUCCCCUCUUGUGUUUUAUGUUAUAAUGGCACUCCAUAAUACAAUGACCUGACUAACGCAGACACUAGAUUUUAUCAACCAACAACUCAAAAAAGUCUAAGAUGGCCACACAAAUUUCUCAUCAACUGAUGCAUUGCCAUAAAAUUAUUUAUCUUCCUGUUUCCAAUGAGCUGACAUAAUCCAUUCACGGGGUUUUUUUGUUAGUUCCUCUAAUGAAUGAACCGAUCAUGUUGCAUAGGCCUUGCCCCCUAUUAACCCAAGUUGAUCAUUUGGAAACAAAUUUUCAGCUGCUGGUAAUGUUGAUGAGUAAGCCAUCACAAUCCAUUACCCUCGCCCACAAUUCUGACCAAAUGCCAAUCCUAGGUGAGAUGAACAGUCGCUCUUGUUUACCCAGUCAAUAACAAUGAACAUCAACAUAAACUUGCAAUGUGAGAAUGUCGCUCAUUCGCCGAGUGGUGAUAACCCAUUUGUUUGUUUUAGUAUGGCACUCGGUCUUCCUCAUCUGGCACAUUCCUUUCGUUUCAUCAUUGCGCACUGUCAUCCUCGUCUGAUUCAUUUCAUAGAAUACACCACCAAUGAUCUCCCUCCCUCAUAAAGAAAAAAAAAA